UGAAAAUGGUCUAUUGGGGUAGAGAGAAAAAAAUCUGCAAGUGAUCAGACAGGUGGCAUCAGAAAAAGUCUACAGGCUUCUCAAAGCCACACUUAGGCUGCGAGCAGGCGCACCUUUGAGUCACGGGCAAGCGGUGGAGAGCAAAGUGAUCCAGCGGGAAGAAGUCUGUGCUCCAACGUGAGCCUGCUGGCAGGCUAAGCCACACUUGGCUUGCUUUGUUCACUAUGUUUUCUCACCCUUGGCUGUACUUUUCUUCCUAUACCUCAACCAGGAGCCUUUUCAAUGGAAAAAUGGAAAGUGAUAGGGGACUGGUUCUGAGUCCACGAAUUUUACUCUAAUCCAAUCAAGAGCAAGAGUUGUUUAUGUUUGUUGUUGUUGUUUUUUCGUUAUAUAUAGUAAUCGGAAUGAGAGCUCUUCUACCAUACGAUUGACGUGCCAUCAGAAUUUCGGAGUUGGUGUCCUGACAUUCACACAGUCAUAAUUUUUUUUGGCUUUUCGCAUGGAGCACGCACCAGGUUAUGGGCUCCUGGCAGUUAGGUAAGGGAGUGUUAAAAACUUGAAAUGGCGAAAUGGCACUACGGGUAAGAGCCGAUAUGGGAUAUGGGUGUCUGUUAGGGUUAACCAUACAAUUAUUAAGAGUUAACCACUAUCCAGUCAGUGAUAUUUAGACUAACUUGAGCACUAUGUAGGCUAACCGUAGUAGCCUGUGUGACAGGUGUUAAACGUUUUUUGCGUCCCUACCCCUUCUGCGUUUACGCUUGCAACGCAGGCUAAACCGUGGUGCCAUUUCAUCAUUUUUAAACACCCCCCAGCGAAAUAGUUCCGCCUGAAAGUAUCUAUAAAAUUUGUUACAAUAAUUGGCAAAUCCCGAAACUACUACAAAAAUAGCGACCUCAAAUACGAGAAACAACGGAAAUGACGGACAUCGUUAAACCUCCAUUCUAGAUCUCUCAGGGAUACCUUUUCCCGCAGUUUUCCCGCCAGAUGCCAACGGCUGAGCAUUGACCAAUCACAGGUCUUGUACUAUUUCAUCGGGACGGCGAUCAAUAGAUGUCCACCAGCGGCUUACAAAGUAGAGUAUGCUCUGUUGUGUCGUUCCGCCAUUUUGCCACCAUUGCAUCAACUGUAGCAACUUUAGAAAGAAGAUUAUUUCUGCGGUAUUUUUCCAUUUCAUUCCGCUUUAAAAUGCCUCCGAAGAAGAAGGAAGAAGAGAAACCAACGCCAUUAAUGGGCCGAUUUGGAACCUCGCUGAAAUGCGGGAUUGUUGGUCUUCCGAAUGUAGGGAAAUCGACGUUUUUCAAUGUGUUAACCAAGAGUUCAGCUGCAGCAGAAAAUUUUCCUUUCUGUACAAUAGAUCCCAAUGAAAGUCGAGUGGCUGUUCCAGAUGAAAGAUGGAAUUUUCUCUGUGAAUUUCACAAGCCAGCAAGCAAAGUUCCAGCUUUUCUUCAUGUAGUGGAUAUUGCUGGUCUUGUUCAAGGAGCUCAUGAAGGCAAGGGUCUGGGAAAUGCUUUUUUAUCGCACAUAUGGGCGUGUGAUGCUUUAUUCCAUAUGAUACGUGCAUUUAGUGGUGAAGACGUAACACAUGUUGAAGGUGAAGUGGAUCCCGUGCGAGACUUGGGAAUUAUCUCAGAAGAAUUAAGGCAAAAGGAUGAAGAAUACCUUAAGGAUAAAGUGAACACAAUGGACAAAACAGUUGUGAGAGGAGGUGACAAAAAGAGAUUAGGAGAAUAUGAAAGCUUGAAAAAAAUUUAUCACUGGGUCUCAGAAGAGAAGAAGCAUGUAAGGUUUGGAACAUGGGAAGCUAAGGAAAUUGAAGUUCUAAACAAGCAUUUACUGCUCACCUCAAAACCUGUGAUAUAUUUAGUGAACUUAUCUGAAAAGGACUACAUCAGGAAAAAGAACAAGUGGCUGGCAAAGAUAAAAGAGUGGGUAGAUGCCAAUGACAACGGGGCUGUAAUAAUUCCUCUUAGUGGUGCCUUGGAAUCUAAGCUUGUAGAUUUGGGUCCUGAAGAAGGAGAAAAGUACCUCAAAGAAGUCGGCACGCAAAGUGCUCUCUCUAAAAUCAUUACCACUGGGUUCAAGGCUCUUCAACUUCAGUAUUUCUUCACGGCUGGAAAAGACGAAGUCAAGGCGUGGACGAUUUUGAAAGGAACUAAAGCGCCUCAAGCGGCCGGUAAAAUUCACACUGACUUUGAGAAAGGGUUUAUAAUGGCGGAAGUCAUGAAAUUUGACGAUUUCAAGGAGCUUGGUUCAGAGGCCGCAGUCAAGGCUGCAGGAAAAUACAAACAAGAAGGCAAAAACUACGUCGUAAACGACGGCGACAUCAUCUUCUUUAAGUUCAAUGCCGGCGCUGGUUUAACAGACAAAAAGAAAGCUAAAUAAUAGAUAUAUUUAACAAAAGUUGUCAUCAAUGAAUUUAGGAAGACUAAAACGGAAUGCAUAUUUCGAACUAUAAAACUAGAAACACUUCUUUGUCACUAUUCAUAAACUCUCAGUGGAAACCUUAUGAGGUUUGGUCACCUCUGGAGAGGUCCUUACAGAAGAUUUCCUUGACAGCUGUUUCUGGCAGGAAAAUUUAACGCAACAUCACCAUUUUUUUUUUUUCGUGCGCUAGAAAGAUAUCUGCAAUGCCCCACCAAAGCCUUGGGUAUACUUAUCUUUAAACCACAAACGCAAGAGAACGCGCUUUAAUCCAUUCCAGUGGGACCCUCCAGGCAUUCACUCGUUAUAAAAUCGUAGACAUAGGGGAGGGGUGGGAGAUAUAAUGGCUUAAGUACUCUACCAAUCAGAGGACAAAUAUCAAGUGUCCCAAGGUUUUUAACGAGGAUAACACUGAGUCCUGGCCAGCGAGGACGAAGUUUAGAAAGAAACUUAGAGAAUUAAGAUUUAUUCUUUCACGUUUUACCAAGCUAGAUUCCCGUGAAAUUUCUCAAAACGAUAAUUUGUACAAUUCUAAGAGCUCGAAAAGCUUUUUAUGUCGUAAAUUAAGUAGGAAUCACCCUUAGUUUAUGAAAGAGUGAAAUCAGUAGUACCGAUUCCUGGAAACUAAAGGCCAGUAACGAACUAAAGACAGAUUUUUACAACGCCAAAAUAAAGAAACAACGAAAAAUACAGGUGAA